GAGCCACAUGGAGAUGAUGAAGAGAUUCAAGAUAUGGACGUAUAGAGAAGGAGACCAUCCUUUGGUCCAUGACGGGCCGGUGAACAACCUAUAUGCCAUUGAAGGACAGUUUAUCGACGAGAUGGAGGACAAGCGGAACCCGUUCAGGGCUCGCCAUCCUGACGAGGCGCAUGCCUUCUUCCUCCCUUUCAGCGUGACCAAUGUCGUCAACUACGUGUACGAACCGAUCCUCUCCAUCCACGACUACAGGCGGGAUAGAUUACAGAGGGUCGUGCGUGAUUAUGUUCGCGUUGUUGCGGAUAGACACGAGUAUUGGAACAGAAGUGAGGGCUCAGAUCAUUUUAUGUUUUCUUGUCAUGAUUGGGGUCCUGACGUUUCAUCAGCGGACCCUGAGCUCUUCGAGAACUUCAUCAGAGUCCUCUGCAACGCCAACACCUCCGAAGGAUUCCGACCCAAGAGAGACGUCUCCAUGGCUGACAUCUUUUUAAGCUACGGUGAGCUCGGCCCGCCUCGCUUAGGUCUUGACCCUCGCAACCGCACAAUCCUCGCCUUUUUUGCCGGUGGAGCCCACGGUUUCAUCCGAGAGCUCUUGCUCGAGCACUGGAAGGACAAGGACGCCGACGUCCAAGUGCACGAGUAUCUCCCCAAGGGACAGAACUACACUCAGCUGAUGGGGAGGAGCAGGUACUGCCUGUGCCCGAGCGGUUUCGAAGUUGCGAGCUCAAGGAUUGUGGAGGCGAUCUACGCGGAGUGCGUCCCGGUGAUCAUUAAGGACAAUUACUGGCUGCCGUUCAGUGACGUGCUCGAUUGGAGCAAGUUCUCGGUUCGAAUACCGGUGGACAAAAUAAAGGACAUCAAGACGAUUCUGCAGGCGAUCCCAUUCGAGAAGUACAUGAAGUUGCAGAAGCGGGUGGUGAAGGUCCGGCGGCACUUCGAGGUGCAUAGGCCGGCAAAACCGUUCGACGUGAUUCACAUGGCGCUCCACUCCGUGUGGCUCAGGAGGCUGAACGUAAAGCUGGAGCAAAGAGAUUAUUGA